AUGGAACGUUCGACUUCGUUGUCAAGAGAAGAGGAAUCCCCAGGAACGGCGCGGCAGAUCAAUGGCUUCUUCCGUAAUCAAGCUGGGUCCUUCUUCGGCAGGACGUCAUGCAUCGGUGCUCCAAAUACGAGAUCUACUUCUUCUUCUAAGAUACGAGCACCACAGAUAGGACUCUGUAUGUUCUCUGGUGAAAGGACCGAACGUCUUCGACCAUUGCAGAGUGAUUACGCAGCUAGAUAUAGGAGACCCCCGCCGGUUGGUCCUUCAAGCAUUGAAUUAGCUGAAGCUGGGCUAUCGGGACCGCACGUUCAAGUUCAAGGACGCAGACGAAAACAUGCCGAUGAGUCAAAACGGGAACGCUUCUGCGGCGGACCUAGGAUGAGAUCCAAGGAAGCGAGGAAGAAGGGUGUUGAUUGCGCCUUGGCUGGAUUUCUUCUGAUGAUCAUUUUCGUAAUAUAUCUUGCAUUAUCCCUCUCUAAUACCAUCGACAAGCGCGAAUUCCACAUUGUGUUCAUACUAGCUCUCAUAAUUCUCGUGAUAUAUUUCUGCCACUCCUUUAUCCGCUUCUUCAUGCUGGCAUGGCGGUCACCCCCGGCACAUCCUCCUUCCGCUGCACCAAAAGCAGUCAGCACACGUGAAUACGUCCAGCCCGAUCAGCCAAUACCUGUAAUUCUAGCUCGAGAUGAGGAGAUCGUGGCGGAAGUGGAUGCGGACAACCACAUCGGCCGCAACGGCAACUUGAGUGGUCUGCCUCCACCACCCCCGGCUUAUGGCCUCUGGAGGAAUAGUGUGAGAAUAAACCCGAACCUCGUCCACUGGCGGCGACGUGAGCCAACCGGUCCGCAACCAGGAAACACUGAAAGCGAGGGUCUCAAUAACGGACCCCAUCGGCCCCCGAGCUAUAUUUCGGACGAUGGCGUUCAUUACGUCGUUGACAUACAGCCACAGUCGCGCCUGCGCGCUCCUGACGAAUCAGACGUUCAUCCUGCAGAGCGAUUGGGACAGAAGCAGUAA